AUGCGGAAAAUUGGCAUUGACGAGAUUGCGCGACACGCCAGCGCAGACGACCUGUGGGUGGUGGUUGACGGGGCCGUCUACGACCUGACCGAAUUUGCGCCGCGACAUCCAGGCGGCACGGCCGUGCUCCAGCAGUAUGCGGGUCGGGAUGCAUCGCGGCCGUAUGGCGCCGUCCAUGCGCCCUCUUUGAUCGGGGCGAGUCUUGAGGCCAGCCAGCACCUCGGUGUAGUGGACGAGGACUCGGUCACGCCGCAGUGGCGGUCGGCGACAGUGUCAGCAGACGUCGACGAGGGGCCAGGGCGACAAGGCCGCGGUGGUGCGGCAGCCUCGCAGAAACCUCCGCUGGAUUCCGUCAUCAACCUGCAGGACUUCGAGGACAUUGCGCGUGCCGUGCUGCCACCGCAGGCCUGGGCCUACAUCUCGACGGGAUCGAACGACAACGUGUCACGUGAUGCCAACGCUGCCUUUCUGCGCCGCAUCUGGCUGCGGCCGGCAGUGCUGCUACGCGACGUCUCGACCGUCCGCACGGCCGCCACGCUUUUUGGCGGCAGCGUGUCGCUGCACAUGCCCGUUUACGUGGCCCCGACCGGUGCCACUCGCACGGGCGGCCCCGAGGGCGAGCUGGCCAUCGCACGGGGAGCCGCCGCUGCUGGUAUCAUUCCCGUUAUCUCCACCGUCGCCUCGUUUCCCUAUGAAGAGAUCCUCGCUGCCCUUCCCGACGGUGCCCCUGCCUUCUUCCAGCUCUACGUCGACCGCGACCGCAGCCGCACCACGGCCCUGCUGCGCUCUCUGCUGCACAGCCACCGCGGUCGCGCUGCCAUCCGCGCCGUCUUCGUCACCGUCGACGUCCCCGUCGUCUCCAAGCGCGAGGCCGACGAGCGAGAACGCGCCCGGGCUUCCAGGGCCUGCGGAGAGCCUGUUUCGCCUGGCGGCAUAGCCAAGCAGGCCGGCUCCUUUGUCGACUCCGCUUUUGUCUGGGAAGACCUCCGUUGGCUGCGCGACGUCAUCGAUGAGGCUACUGCCACUCCUGCCGCCGACAACACUUCACAUCUGCCCAUCAUCGUCAAGGGUAUCCAGCGAGCCUCCGACGCUCUAAUCGCUCUCGCCAUGGGCUGCCAGGGCAUCGUCCUCAGCAAUCAUGGCGGCCGCGCUGCCGACGGCGCGCCCCCCGCUAUUCUCACCCUCCUCGAGCUUCACCGCUGCUGUCCAGAGAUCUUUGGCCGCAUGGACAUCUUCGUCGACGGCGGCUUCCGUCGCGGCUCUGACGUCGUCAAGGCCAUCUGCCUCGGCGCUUCUGCUGUCGGAUUUGGGCGUCCCUUCGUCUACUCCGUCGGCUACGGCUACGCAGGCGUUAGGCAUGCUGCUGCCAUCAUACAAGACGAAGUACGAACGGCGAUGCAGCUUUGUGGCAUGUCCGACCUUAUGCGGGAUGCCCAUCCUGGCUUCGUCAACACUGCCGAGAUUGACCACAUCGUCCCUAUUCACAAUGAUCAUCCAUACGCGAAGAAGCCCUCAAUUCCAUCGAGACUAUGA